UGCUGAUAUGGACAGCCCCAUCAAGAGGAUCCUCCUGGAUGAUGUAUUUUGGGAGAGAGUGGUAAGCAGCCUGAAAUUCCUGAAACCUAUAGCAGUAGCCAUUGCGCGGAUUGAGGGAGAUAAUGCUAUCCUGUCUGAUGUUCAGACUCUGCUUGCAGAUGUAAGAUAAAUCCUUACUGCCCUGCCCACUUCACUGUUGCUCUAAGCAGAGGAAACUGCAGUUCUGAAACACAUCAAAAAGCGUGAAGACUUCUGCCUGAAGCCCAUACACGCCGCAGCGUACAUGUUGUACCCCAAGUAUGCUGGCAAGAGCAUCCUGUCUGGUGCAGAGAUCAACAAGGCCUAUGGUGUCAUCACUACCGUGUCUCAAUGGUUCAUUUUAAGUCAAACUACAAAUAUGGGACAUUGCCUGGAAAACCGUCUGUCAGCCACAAAGUCCUUUUUAAACCACUCAUGUGACUGAUCAGGAAAACACAAGUCAGAGAAUUUAACUUAGACAUACUCAAGGUAAUACAUCUUGGUGACUCAUGUGGGCUGUGACUUUGCCAGCUUUUGAUGGCUGAAAGCCAUGCUCAGUUUCUAGAGAAACCGCAUACGAUUCCCCAGCCUGCAUAGGUAUGAAUCCCCUUUCAGACCCGUCUCUUGGAUUUUCACACUCCGUUGUAAAAUGUUGACUCAUUGUGAUGUCUUUCCCUGUCCAGUGGUUUUACCACAUUGCGGCCUGCCUGGCUGAGUUCCUGGAGCUGAAGGAUCAGAUGCUACCUCUGGGCUGUACCUUCUCCUUCGAGCAGAAAGACAUCGACAAGGUUCAUCAGUCAGCCAACACACACAAACACAUGCACCCACAAAGGAUCCAUACAUGCAGCCAGGACUGAUAUUAGUAGAAAAUACCAAGCCCAGGUUACUUCUCAACAUUGGACUAAUUCAGAGUCAUGACGUUUGAACAUUUAAUUGUCUUUACACUUGUUUGGACAGUCUAUUUGACAACUUUGUCAGAAAAAGUCAAGGGCUAAUAGUAAAUGAUGGUCAAAUCUCACUCAUUGUCUGUGACCUCGACUUCCAGAGUAUCCUGAUCCGUUGGACCAAAGGCUUUCUUUAACUGUUCAGGAGUGGACGUGGUCAGGCUACUGAGAGAAGCCAUCCACAGCAGAGAGUUGCAAUGGUGAAUGACACUGUGGGGACCAUGAUGAGCUGUAGAUACAGGGACCAGAGCUGUGAGAUUGACAUGAUCAUUGCUUCAGUAAGCAGCUCCAGUAGACCGUAAGAAUUCUGGUCCCUAACUGUGACAUCACUUUCCUCGUCUCGGAGGAUGGCAGCGGAAAAGGGCACUGCCAUGGUAACGGCGGUGGCACAGAAGCUGGCCAUGUAGCCCCGACUGUUAGAGGACAGCAGAGGAGGAUGAGGAAGAUGAAAAUUAAUGAAUGUGUUAGGCCAGAGUGGAAAGACUACUUGAAAUGGAGCCCCAUAAAAAUGGCCACCUCAAAUGCUUUUGUUGUACGGUACAUGCUAAACAGCUCACUCACUUUCUCCUACUGUAUGGAAAGUAAUGAAUUCAUUAAGGUCAACUUUUUUAUAGUAGGCGUAGGCUAUUUAUUUUUUUAUAUUUGUUUUAUUGUACAUGGUUAACUUUCAGUGAGGAAAUUCCCUUUUUUCUGAAACUUCUGUGUGAAAUAUGUAUUAUGUAUAAGAAAUGUUACAUUAUUUUAUACAAGAAAACUUUUAAUGGGUAAAAUCGCACUGUAUUGUUAGUAUAUUUCUAUACCAGAUAUUUGAUACUUGGACAUCACUGCAGCUAUAUUUGAAUGGCAGCUUGGUAAUACAAUUUGUCUUGAAGUAAAAAUCUCUGAAUUUCAUGGUCAAGCCAAGUUCCACAGAAUGGAAAGAGACACAUGCUCACUCCUGUUGGAGAAACUGUACAGAGGAAGAUCAGGUCAUUAAAUCAAUGUUUUCAGCAAAAUUAUACAACUUUAGAAUAUUCAGUCACUCUUAAACAACAGACACCUUUCUGAACACGUGUUAUGUUGUUCAAAAUGUAUUGCAAAUGAAAAUGGCUAGCAUUUGAUAUUGAUACAAUGUUGCACUGUACAUUUCCCUGCACCCCCAGUAGGCUAGUAGUUAUGUUGCACUUUUUAAGCCAUAACACCUAUCACGUGCUUGUCUUUGCUCACCUUUUCUCCCAGUGUGGUAUAGUGUAAAAUACAAGUCACGAUUACUUAAAAUGAUCACCAGGCGUUUGUCUCCAUGUCGGUACCAUGGUUAUACCCGAGGAGCCGGACUGACCAGCUCAAAGAUUGAUAUUAGGCUACACUGUUACUAAAUUUCAAUUUGAUGCAACACCAUCGUGAAAAAUAAAAUAAGGACAUUUAUAAGCAUGAACAACAAUGAUUUCAGAAUGGGAAAAAUGUCCUCUCAUUAAAAAUAUCCACUUUCAUAUUAACAAUAAGUUAGGCUACUCUCGCAAACAGUUUUGGCCACACCUAGAUCCUGUCCUAUUUUGAUAAAAAACGAGGAGCCUUUUCUUGUGCAUUUGUUGUGUGCCGGUGAGUACCCGGCUGUGUAACUUGAUAGGGGGCUUCGAGAGGGAAUAAGGGAAUGUGGGGCUGCAAUGGAGCAGAAUGCAAUACAGUGGUUAGGUGCUCCCUCCUGCCUGCGUGGAUCCUUUGCCUUCUAUAAGUCAGUGAGCUGUGGGGCCUUGGCCGGGGCCCCUGCACUGGUCUGGAAACUGGGGGAGUUCUACUAUGUCCGCUGUGGCCCCCAAGAACCUGUGUGCAUUGCUGAGGUGACUUUACUGUGGGAGGAUCAGGCCCAACGCCAUCUACUGGCCAGCUCCAGACUCUACUACCUCCCUGAGGAUACUCCCAAGGGCAGGACCAGAGAGCAUGGAGAGGAUGAGGUGUUGGCCGUCUCUAAGAAGAUAGUGGUGCGGGUGGAGGAUCUGGUGAGGUGGACCUGUCCUGAACCUCCAGGAUGGAAAGGAGGAAGCCAGAAGUCCAGCGAGACCAACAGUCAUCACAAACCUACCCCCAUCAUUACCAAUGGACCCCCAGCAUCACUCAAAGAGAAGGGUGAGAGUGAGCGUCUGGGGGUCAAGGUGCUCAGCUACCCCCAGUACUGCCGCUUCCGCUCCCUGCAGAGACGCAUUCAGGACGGGGUGGUGUUGGGGCUGCAGGAUCCCCAUCUGCUGGCCCUGGGGGGGAUCAGGGUGGCCCAACUCAACACCCGGGUCCUCUACUGCAGGGACACCUUCAACCACCCCACCCUGGAUAGCAACACCAGUGUCUGGACACAGCUGGGAUGCACCUCCCUCAGCUUGAAGGGGCGACCCCUCAAGAGAAGAGGAAGGCCAGAAGGCCAGAAAGCUGUGGAGCCACCAGCACUCAACCAAUCAGAGUCCUGGAUAGAAAGAAUAACGGAAAAUGAGAUGGGCAGUUUGGAGAUGCAACGUGAGGGGGGCUGUCUCCCCCACCCUGAGGAGCAGAUGUUCCUGGAUCAACUCUACUGCUACAUGGAGCGCUGCGGCUCACCCAUCAGCAAGGUGCCCAACCUCGGCUUCAAGAAGAUUGACUUGUUUGUCAUGUACUCUGUAGUCAAACAGUUGGGGGGCCAUGAGAGGGUGACGUCCCAGCGUCUGUGGAAGAAAGUGUAUAAUGAACUAGGAGGAAGCCCGGGCAGCACCAGCGCUGCCACCUGCACCCGGAGGCACUAUGAGAGGCUGAUUCUUCCUUACGAGGAGCACAGAAACGGAGGUGGUGCAGAACUAAAACUCCCAGCAUCCUCUGGGCCUACCCGGGUUAGGGGGAUGAGUGGGAGGAGACCGCUGGUGAAGGGGAGAGGAGCAGAGGCCAACCAGGAGAAGACUGUAACCCCUACCCCUCCAACUAUUUCUCCAGACGGUGUCGUGGUAGUGAAGAGAGGCCGUGGUAGACCUCCAGGCAAAAAGAACCAGGUCAAACACCUAGUCUCCAAGGCCAGUCCAGUGGUCCUGUCUCCCCCAGCUAAACCUAGCCUGGACCUUGGGGCCCAGCCCCCUCUCCAGGCCCCCUCUUUCGAGUCCUUGUCUGUGUUCCAGGGGCUAAACCUGGCCAACCUGCCACUAACCCCAGACCUGUCUCCCAUGUCUGCCCCCUUCCACCUGCCCAAAACCGAAAGGGAGGUAAAGAUGGAGAACGGAGAUUCUCCAGCACCAUCACCCACUCUGUCUCCUGCCACUUUCUUGCCUGCUCUCCCCAGGCUCCACACAGGGGGGUCCUUCAGAGGAUUCAGCCCCACUAAAGGCCUCUGUACCCUUGAUCUCUUUAGGAGCCGACUGGGCCUCACUAGCCUGGACACCCCUGGUCUAACCCCCCAGGACCCUGCCUCCCACCAGCCCUCCAGCCUUUACCUCCAGGCCAAGACAGGGAGCCCAAACACCACCCUUCUCAAUGGGAACCAGCCCCACCCCCAGUCUCACCAUCAGUCCCACCACCAGUGCUGGGGGUGCGGGCUGGAUGAGGAAGCCCAGUGGGGGGGUAGCAGCAGCAGCACCAGGAAGGUCCGUAGCAGCAGGCCUCCUCUGCCCCCUCUCCGGGUCCUCCCGCUGGAUCUGGACUGCAGCCUGCAGGUGCGCCAGCUGAUGCGUACGCGGUUGGGCCCGGCCCAGCUCCACUCUUUCACCAAGCGGCUGUCGGAGGUCUUAUCCCAGGACCUGAGUAGCAAGCCACAUCUGCCUGCCACCCCUCCCCCAGAGCAGGCCCUGCCCCUCAACCUCAGCAAGUGCUCCACCACCAAAAGAUCUGCCUUUGAUGAAACUGACUACAGGAUGUCUUCAGGGGAUCAGGAUAAUGGUGACUCCACACUCCCCUUAGCUAAAAGUUGUAGGGUGGAGUCGUGUGAUGAGGCUGAGGACUUGAGCUCACCCAGCAGGGCCAGAGCUUUCCUCCUGGAGCUGCCCCAGCACACCACAACCACCACCAGCCCAGACACCUCUACUACACCCACCCAGCUUUUCCUCACCAAGUCUGGGGAGACCUGGGGAGACACCCCCCUGGAGAACCAGGGCAGGACGUCUGACUCUGAGCCAGCAAUCCAGGUGAAGGUGGAAGAGGACCUGAGGGAGAGCAGCUUGGUGGAGCCUGAGGAAGACUGCUCUGUCUGCAAUCAGAGAAAGAUGAGAUGGAGGGGAGGAAACUAGAGAGGAUAGAACAACAGUGUAAUAUCAUAAAGAUGGGCGAUGGCAUAUCAGAGAGGGUGAAGGGGACUGAGGAUUCCUUAGCCCACUCUGCCAGUGACUCUGGGGGCCAGCAGGUGCCAAUGGAUGAUGAGGAGAUGGAAUGUGAUGUUGAGGCAUCUAUCAAAGGGCUGCCCAGUCCUAUCCUACCCCCAACCCAGGCCCAGCCAAGCUGCCUGAACACCUGCACAAAACCCCAACUGCACAUAACAGACUCAUGACCAACACCAACAAUCACUACACCACUCUACCUUAUAGGAGGAUACUGUCAAACACACAAUCAAAGACUAAUCCUUUAAACUCUGUAACGACUCACACACACACACUUUGAAACACUGCCAUUGCCUUUAGAUGACACCAUUAUAUUGUUCUGUAUAGUACUAUGCAUCAUACAACUUUCGUGCUUCUAACUUUAUUACACAAAAAUUAGAGUGCAGAGGUUUUUACAACAAUUCACCAAUUUCCUGAAAAGGAUUGGAUAAAAGAUGUGCCUUACAUCUGUUGCGCUCUGAUUUCGUGUCAUUCACACAGUACAACAGCCAGGGGUGUAUUCAUUGCCAAAUGGGAAAGGACCUAUCUGAAUUUGUACAAUAGAAACUCUAGUUGUCAUUGCAAAACAUUUUUCCAUUGCAAAAUGCUUUGCUACAAUGUGCACUAAUGAAUACACCACAGGAAACAGUGUUUGAGUCCUAUUUGUACUUCCUGUUUGCGAGUCUUUAACACUGACAGGAUUUGCACACCUACUGUACUUGUUCCUUUUUUUCUUUCUUUUAUGAGGCAGUCAUUUAUGAAUAUUUCCUCUGAUGCCAAUUUUUUGGGUAUUUUAAUGUUUGUGUCUAGUUUAGAGAAACAAUGCUGACACCACUUGAGGUUUUUAGUCCUUGGUGCCUUGAUCAGAGUUUGACCCCAGUAUGUCUGGUAUAUUGUAUCUUGUGUAUGGACCUGGGGUGUACUCCGAUCUGUUUUAGAGUAGCAGGGGAAUUCUAUUGACUUCAAGAACCAAAGGCCUUUCAUAACUCAUUCAAUAGAGAGAGUACAAGUUUUCAGUUGUGCUUUAUAGAUUUUUCUAAAUAAUUUUAAAGAUAUAUCCCUGUUGAUAUAUCUUUAUGAUAUAUCUGGAUCAAAAAUCUGAGCUAUUUGUGGUUCAUCCUGUUAGUGUUGAGUGUCUAUCCUCAUUGCAGCCUGAUAUAUUUCUUUAUGUAUAAAACAGGCAGCGUACCUUUGGUGAAAGGGCCACAUUGGGUGAGUUGGCAAAAUGUUGUAGUUGAGCUACACACAAUUUUGGUGUGGUAAAUUCCUUAUCAAGUUGAAUAGAGAUUAGGGAUUUAAUUAAAUUAUUGUUUGUGUAGCUUUUUGAUGUUAUUUUGAUCAUUUAGAGUUUAAGAUCAAAUGUUUACAUUCAAUAAUGCAACUAAUAAUAUUAAGUUGAUUUUGUAUCUUUAGUGCUUUGCAGAUGGUCAGACUGGUACUGUGUUAGAGUUGGUUCAGAGUAUACCUACUUCUGGAAUGGGAACAAGAGUCCAUCUUCAUUCAACUAUGGUGGACUUAGAUUCUCUGCUACUUUUUUAUACUUUUUAGCCAGUAGUUCUGAACGUAGCACUUAUGAGCCAAAAGUAGACCCGGAAGAUUGCGUACUACGUCACAUAUGCAGAUAUGUGCGCCACUUCAUUGCUCACACUCACUCUCUCUCUAUUAAUCUCACUCACUCACUGAGCUGUUGGGCCCGCACUGCAACCUCAUUGGAGAUCACUGGGCAAGCCUAUUGGUAGCUGUCAUAUUGCUAAGGGACUGGCCCACUAGAGAUUUUGUGGCUAAUUGAGGUAAAACAGUAAUUCUUCUCAUAAAUUAUGCAUGUAUGAACUACACAUUGACACAUCCAUCCCAAAGUGGGAGGAUUACAAAAUACUUUCUUAGUUGCCAAAGUACCAGAGAAUGUCUUUAAACUAUUCUUAGAAAAAGAAAAAAUAGCAUAUGGAAUUGAUUUGCAGUUGACUCCGAUCUACUGUCUUUUAUUUUUCCCCUAUCUCCCCCCCCCCCUUUAUUACUUGAACAACUGCUACAGAGUUAAUGUCAUGUAGUUAUAUCUCUAUUUAAACCUGUGUAUCAGUUGAGCUCAUCUUGCUCAUGGCAGACAUUGUCUCUGGUAUUCCUUUCGCUGUAUGUGAGAGUAAGACCAGUGCCAUGCACAUCUUGACUCCUGUACUCUGACAAUUGAUUAUAUGGUAAUUUCAACCAUUUUUGUUUUAACACUGUAUAUUUAUAUUAAAGAUGUAUCUGUUAAAAGGUGGGGGUUGCAGAUUUUUGUAUGAGUGUAUAUAAGUCUUUUAAGGGGCGUUUUACAAAAAAAUUCAGACACAGAUUAAGUCUAAUCCUGUACUAAAAUCUGUUUUUUGGAGAUUUUCCAUUGAGCUUGUGUUUUAGCCCAGAAAUAUUUUUAAUCUAUCUGGGAACCACCUCUAGUGUAUGAAACUGUGUCACUCUUUCACGAGGCAUGAUGUAUAGAGACCCGCAGUUUCCUAAAAUGACUACUAGAUGGUGACAAAACACCAGCACUGUCCUGUGACAGGCCUGGCGAGGCAUUCUACAGUCCUGAAGGGGAGGAAGGAUACUCUACCUAGCCUACAGAAGUAAGUGCUGAGUUUGCUUCAGCGCUAAACAGAUCAUUGCCGAUACAUUCCAUCAUUGAACAGCCCAGAGAUCUUGAAUAGAUAUGAGCUUCAAUGGGCCAUGCACUUGGGCAUGUGUCAAAAUGCCCACCUUCAGCUAUAAUUUGAGAAAGUGUUAUGGUAACUGCUAGGCCUACAUGUGUCAGGAAUCACAAACCAUUUACUGAGACCUUCCAGAUAAAUGGAUGUGUGUUUGGGGGACAAGCAAAUCUUAUUAAACAUAUAAAAUGUG